AUGAGAGGGAGAGUGGGGAGAGGAAGGGAUAGAGGGAGAGUGGGGGAGGGAGGGAGGGAGAGGGAGGUGGGGAGAGGGGGGGAGUGGGGGAGGGAGAGGGAGAGGGCGGGGAGGAGGGGAGAGUGGGGGAGGGAGGGAGGGAGGGAGAGUGGGGGAGGGAGGGAGGGAGAGUGGGGGAGGGAGGGAGGGAGAGUGGGGGGGAGGGAGGAGGGAGAGUGGGGGAGGGAGGGAGGGAGGGAGAGUGGGGGAGGGGAGGGAGGGAGGGAGAGUGGGGAGGGAGGGGGAGGGAGGAGUGGGGGAGGGAGGGAGGGAGAGGGGUGGAGGAUGGAGAGUGGGGGAGGGGAGGGAGGGAGGAGAGUGGGGGAGGGAGGGAGGGAGGAGGGGGAGGGAGGGAGGGAGAAGUGGGGGGAGGGAGGGAUAGAGGGGAGAGGGGGGAGGGAGGGAGAGGGAGGAGUGGGGGGAGGGAGGGAGGGAGAGUGGGGGAGGGAGGGAGGGAGAGUGGGGGAGGGAGGGAUAGAGGGAGAGUGGGGGGGGAGGAUAGGGAAGAGGGAGUGAGAGAGUGGGGAGGGAGGGAGGGAGGAGAGUGGGGGAGGGAGGAGGGAGAGUGGGGGGGAGGGAGGGACAGAGGGGAGAAUGGGAGAGUAGGAGGGAGGAUUUAGAGGGAGAGUGGGGGGGAGGGAGGUGACAGAGGAGAAUGGGAGCGUAGGAGGGGAGGGAUAGAGGGAGAGUGGGGCGGGAAGUAGGAGAAUGGGAGGUAGUGAGGGAGGGAUAGAGGGAGAGUGGGGGGGGAGGGAGGGAAAGAGGGAGAAUGUUCUUUGCUGAAAACAACCCAACAUUGUAUUGCUCUAACAUAUGUGGGGGAAAAAAGUAUUUAAUCAGCCACCAAUUGUGCAAGUUCUCCCACUUAAAAAGAUGAGAGAGGCCUGUAAUUUUCAUCAUAGGUACACGUCAACUAUGACAGACAAAGGAGGAAAAAAAAUCCAGAAAAUCACACUGUAGGAUUUUUAAUGAAUUUAUUUGCAAAUUAUGGUGGAAAAUAAGUAUUUUUGUUGGCAAUGACACAGGUCAAACAUUUUCUGUAAGUCUUCACAAGGUUUUCACACACUGUUGCUGGUAUUUUGGCCCAUUCCUCCAUGCAGAUCUCCUCUAGAGCAGUGAUGUUUUGGGGCUGUCGCUGGGCAACACGGACUUUCAACUCCCUCCAAAGAUUUUCUAUGGGGUUGAGAUCUGGAGACUGGCUAGGCCACUCCAGGACCUUGAAAUGCUUCUUACGAAGCCACUCCUUCGUUGCCCGGGCGGUGUGUGUUUGGGAUCAUUGUCAUGCUGAAAGACCCAGCUACGUUUCAUCUUCAAUGCCCUUGCUGAUGGAAGGAGGUUUUCACUCAAAAUCUCACGAUACAUGGCCCCAUUCAUUCUUUCCUUUACACGGAUCAGUCGUCCUGGUCCCUUUGCAGAAAAACAGCCCCAAAGCAUGAUGUUUCCACCCCCAUGCUUCACAGUAGGUAUGGUGUUCUUUGGAUGCAACUCAGCAUUCUUUGUCCUCCAAACACGACGAGUUGAGUUUUUACCAAAAAGUUAUAUUUUGGUUUCAUCUGACAUUCUCCCAAUCCUCUUCUGGAUCAUCCAAAUGCACUCUAGCAAACUUCAGACGGGCCUGGACAUGUACUGGCUUAAGCAGGGGGACACGUCUGGCACUGCAGGAUUUGAGUCCCUGGCGGCGUAGUGUGUUACUGAUGGUAGGCUUUGUUACUUUGGUCCCAGCUCUCUGCAGGUCAUUCACUAGGUCCCCCCGUGUGGUUCUGGGAUUUUUGCUCACCGUUCUUGUGAUCAUUUUGACCCCACGGGGUGAGAUCUUGCGUGGAGCCCCAGAUCGAGGGAGAUUAUCAGUGGUCUUGUAUGUCUUCCAUUUCCUAAUAAUUGCUCCCACAGUUGAUUUCUUCAAACCAAGCUGCUUACCUAUUGCAGAUUCAGUCUUCCCAGCCUGGUGCAGGUCUACAAUUUUGUUUCUGGUGUCCUUUGACAGCUCUUUGGUCUUGGCCAUAGUGGAGUUUGGAGUGUGACUGUUUUAUACUGAUAACAAGUUCAAACAGGUGCCAUUAAUACAGGUAACGAGUGGAGGACAGAGGAGCCUCUUAAAGAAGAAGUUACAGGUCUGUGAGAGCCAGAAAUGUUGCUUGUUUGUAGGUGACCAAAUACUUAUUUUCCACCAUAAUUUGCAAAUAAAUUCAUAAAAAAUCCUACAAUGUGAUUUUCUGGAUUUUUUUUCCUCAUUUUGUCUGUCAUAGUUGACGUGUACCUAUGAUGAAAAUUACAGGCCUCUCUCAUCUUUUUAAGUGGGAGAACUUGCACAAUUGGUGGCUGACUAAAUACUUUUUUCCCCCACUGUAUAACAGUUCAGUACUGUAUUGUUCUAACAGUAUAUAAUAGUUCAGUAUUGUAUUGUUCUAAAAGUAUAUAAUAGUUCAGUAUUGUAUUGUUCUAACAGUAUAUAAUAGUUCAGUAUUGUAUUGUUCUAACAUUAUAUAAUAGUUCAGUACUGUAUUGUUCUAACAGUAUAUAAUAGUUCAGUAUUGUAUUGAUCUAACAGUAUAUAAUAGUUCAGUAUUGUAUUGAUCUAACAGUAUAUAAUAGUUCAGUUUUGUAUUGAUCUAACAGUAUAUAAUAGUUCAGUAUUGUAUUGAUCUAACAGUAUAUAAUAGUUCAGUAUUGUAUUGUUCUAACAGUAUAUAAUAGUUCAGUAUUGUAUUGAUCUAACAGUAUAUAAUAGUUCAGUAUUGCAUUGUUCUAACAGUAAAUAAUAGUUCAGUAUUGUAUAUAAUAGUUGAGUAUUGUAUUGUUGUAUUUCUAUUGAUCCCAGACUUACCCCAGGUAGGCAUUCAUACUGUGGACGGUUUUAGGCAGCUUUGACCUGCUCACCCCAUCAGCCAUUCUCACCUCAGACAGACUAUCUUUCUGGAGGACAGGAAAGGUGGGAAGAGGAGAAGAGGAGAGGAGAUGAGAGGAGGGAGGAGGGGAGGAGAGGAAAGGAGGGAGGAGGAGAGGAAAGGAAAGGAGGGAGGAGGAGAGGAGAGGAGAGGAGGGAGGAGAGGAGAGGAGAGGGAGGAGGAGAGGAGAGGAGGAGCGGAGAGGAGAGGAGAGGAGAGGAGAGGAGAGGAGUUGGCUAUACAGAAUGAAAUGAUGAUAACGAAGAGCGUACGUACUUGAGCCAUGAGGUCAUCGCCUGUCACCACGGCGACCUUGAGGUGGAGUCCGGCCUUCUUGACUACUUCCUGUAUGGCAGCAGCGCACGCCAGCGGGUUCACACCCCCGGCAUUACUGACCACCCGGAUACCUACAAACACACACACACACACACACGAUGCCAGAUAUAGUGGUCAACAUGAUGUCUAGUACUAUGUUGAUGUGUAAGGUCAACAUGAUGCCAGAUCUGGUAAUAUGUUGAUGUGUACGGUCAACAUGAUGCCAGAUAUAGUAAUAUGUUGAUGUGUAAGGUCAACAUGAUGCCAGAUAGAGUAAUAUGUUGAUGUUUAAGGUCAACAUGAUGUCUAGUAAUAUGUUGAUGUGUAAGGUCAACAUGAUGCCAGAUAGAGUAAUAUGUUGAUGUUUAAGGUCAACAUCAUGUAUAGUAAUAUGUUGAUGUGUAAGGUCAACAUGAUGCCAGAUAUAGUAAUAUGUUGAUGUGUAAGGUCAACAUGAUACCAGAUAGAGUAAUAUGUUGAUGUGUAAGGUCAACAUGAUGCCAGAUAUAGUAAUAUGUUGAUGUGUAAGGUCAACAUGAUGUCUAGUAAUAUGUUGAUGUGUAAGGUCAACAUGAUGCCAGAUAUAGUAAUAUGUUGAUGUGUAAGGUCAACAUGAUACCAGAUAUAGUAAUAUGUUGAUGUGUAAGGUCAACAUGAUGCCAGAUAUAGUAAUAUGUUGAUGUUUAAGGUCAACAUGAUGUCUAGUAAUAUGUUGAUGUGUAAGGUCAACAUGAUGCCAGAUAUAGUAAUAUGUUGAUGUGUAAGGUCAACAUGAUGCCAGAUAUAGUAAUAUGUUGAUGUGUAAGGUCACCAUGAUGUCUAGUAAUACGUUGAUGUUUAGGGUCAACAUGAAGCCAGAUCUAGUAAUAUGUUGAUGUGUAAGGUCACCAUGAUGUCUAGUAAUACGUUGAUGUUUAGGGUCAACAUGAUGCCAGAUAUAGUAAUAUGUUGAUGUGUAAGGUCAACAUGAUGCCAAAUAUAGUAAUAUGUUGAUGUGUAAGGUCAACAUGAUGCCAGAUAUAGUAAUAUGUUGAUGUGUAAGGUCAACAUGAUGUCUAGUAAUAUGUUGAUGUGUAAGUUCAACAUGAUGCCAUAUAUAGUAAUAUGUUGAUGUUUAAGGUCAACAUGAUGUCUAGUAAUAUGUUGAUGUUUAAGGUCAACAUGAUGCCAGAUAGAGUAAUAUGUUGAUGUUCAAGGUCAACAUGAUGUCUAGUAAUAUGUUGAUGUUUAAGGUCAACAUGAUGUCUAGUAAUAUAUUGAUGUGUAAGGUCAACAUGAUGUCUAGUAAUAUAUUGAUGUGUAAGGUCAACAUGAUGUCUAGUAAUAUGUUGAUGUGUAAGUUCAACAUGAUGCCAGAUAUAGUAAUAUGUUGAUGUUUAAGGUCAACAUGAUGUCUAGUAAUAUGUUGAUGUUUAAGGUCAACAUGAUGCCAGAUAGAGUAAUAUGUUGAUGUUCAAGGUCAACAUGAUGUCUAGUAAUAUGUUGAUGUUCAAGGUCAACAUGAUGUCUAGUAAUAUGUUGAUGUUUAAGGUCAACAUGAUGUCUAUUAAUAUGUUGAUGUCUAAGGUCAACAUGAUGCCAGAUAGAGUAAUAUGUUGAUGUGUAAGGUCAACAUGAUGUCUAGUAAUAUGUUGAUAUUUAAGGUCAACAUGAAGUCUGGUCUUACCUUUCUUAUGGAUAUCGUGGAUAAAGGGAGCUAUGGCUACUUGGACGAAGUCAGGGGCAUAGCCCAUAUUCUGAAAGAAGAAGAAACUGAUUGAUUAGAUAACUAAUAUUGAUAGGCUAUUGAUGAAUAGGUCGGACUCAAAAGGUAAUUGACAAGAAAACUAAUGAUUGAUUAUUGAUAGGUGAUGAGCUCACAGGCAUCUUGGUCUUGGCCGCAGCGAGGAGAGACAUGGUGAUCUCACUGAGGUAGUCAAACACCAGAUAGUCUAUCUUCCCACUGUAGAUCAGCUGGGGGACUGAGAGAGAGCGAGAGGGAGAAGAGUUUAUAACCUGGUCAAGAGUAUCCAGACAAUACUUUGUCUGCUAAAAGUGAAUCCAUUGAUCCAAGCUAUCCAUAAUCAUAUCCAUUGAUAUAUAAUGUUUGUAGAUAGAUAGUUAACGUUGUUAUAAACGGACAUAACACAUGAAUAUAAGAGCUUAUUCUGUACUAGGUAUUUGUCCCAAAUGACACCCUAUUCCCUACAUAACUAGGGCACUAGUUUUGACCAUAACGCUAUGGGUCUUGGUCAAAACUAGUGCACUACAUACGAAUAGGGUGCAAUUUGUGACGUUCACCUAGAGUCACUGAGGUCAAGACGAAUGAACCUUGUCCUUGUUGGCUAGACUAGAGAACAGGUCAUGUGACUAGCCAAUUACAACCAUCUAGCCUGGUCUUACCUGACGCCGAGGUAUCUCCCCAAAACCCCGACGCGCAUCCUAUCCUAACUGUGUCCUUAGCUGAAGAGGUGUAAUGUGUGGCGCACUCGAAGCGAUGCCUUGGGAAACUUCUGUUGCUGGUAGUUUUGUUGGACGGGUAGCCCGAGUGCAGAAAUUUCGCCCCGUUGUAAGCAAACAAGGGUGUUUUCAAGCAAAACCCAUUUGUCAGCCGUUGGACCCCCGAUGAGUGGACGACGCGGGAUAAAUUGGAGAUAUUAGACAUUGCAAUUAAAAUAGUUUAACCUGAAUAAAUGGAGAAAGUCAACUCUGGAAGUUCAAGGUACAUUUAACUCGUGCGACGACCAAAACAGUCCGUGUAGGAACACAGGUCGAGGCUAUCUUUGUUCCGCUCCGGUGAGUGUGACGUUUUGAAAAUGGACGCAUGAUGGCGCUAGAUGUACACAUGUACGAGGCAAUGAUUGAAGUUGCAGUAGACCUCAUUCCUUUCUGGUUUGUUUCCUCCACAUUUGUCCGUGUUGAAAAGUUAAACAAUGAGUGAGGAUGUUGUGUGAUUGUCACUGAGUCACUUUGACAUUGAGUCAGCCCAGUCUCCUAUUUCAAACGGAUUGCGUAGGAUAAUGGAUUACUAUCUUGUGUCCAAGUUUCCUAAGUUUAUUCUCCACGUGCUCAGGGUUACAACAGGUGUAAAACAGGACCGUGAAAUGCUUACCUUGAGAGCUCUUUCCCAACAAUGUAGUGAUAAUAAUAAUAAUAAUAAUAAUAAUAAUAAUAAUAAUAAUAAUAAUAACAGUAUAGAAAAUAUAAUAAAAUAAAAUAAAGAAUAAAAACCACAACAGAACAAACUGUAUUUAACAUAUUUAACAUAUUUAACAUACUGGAGUUGACUGUCCCUGCCCUUGUCACGGGGAGGGAUCUGCACCCAGGUCUCUCAAAGCUGAACCUAACCCGAACUAUUUGGCCCGAUAAAUAAUCAUUUGUUAAAUUGAAUUAAAGUGCAAUAAGUACGUGUAAUCAGCAGCCAAUGAGGCUGAGGGUGACGCUGAUCCUGAAGUCUCGGGGCCACCUAUAACGAGACCAUGAGCCUGACUAAUGUCCGCUGACCUUGAGCACCAUAACAUUCACAUUGGCCUACGCCGUAAAACCUAAUGCUCUGUCAUUACUCAGCUGUUGAGGUUCAGAUUCAGAGUGGUUAAUAGUCACAUGUACAGGUUGCAGGUGUGAUUGCAGGGUACAGUGAACAUCUUAGGCUCUGAGCUCAAACGUGCAGGACUGAGUGAGAUAAAACAAUGAAAACCUGUUGCACUUAAUAUAUCAUGAGUACAGUUAGUGAUUUUGUAGUCACUACUCAAACCGAUUGAGUCACUGUGACUCUGUAGGGCAGGGAUGGGCAACUCGCGGCCCCCUUUUGAAGGCCCUAGGGUCAAUAAAAAAAUAUAUGUUAUUUUUUGGGAACUCAGUCGGGUGACUUCUCAUUUAGUUUUGAGUCAGUACCAAAUAAACUUUAACUAAUAAUGACUUUUCAUUGACUUUGAGUUCAACUUACUUAAGUAUUUAAGUUAAAAACGACUUGGAGUUUACAGUGCAUUAUUAUUAUAAUUAUUAUUUUAUGUAUUUAUUAGCAUGUGUAAGUACAAUUUCAUCACAAUGCAUGAUAUUACACAUUUUUCAUUCCCCCCCUCCCAAUGUGUUGCUCACAGAUACAGCACCAACACAGGUACAGCACCAAUACAGGUACAGCACCAAUACAGGUACAGCACCAAUACAGGUACAGCACCAACACAGGUACAGCACCAAUACAGGUACAGCACCAAUACAGGUACAGCACCAAUACAGGUACAGCACCAAUACAGGUACAGCACCAACACAGGUACAGCACCAAUACAGGUACAGCACCAAUACAGGUACAGCACCAAACAGACAGCACCAAUACAGGUACAGCACCAAUACAGCUACAGCAAUGCAUACAAUCAGACAAACAACACACACAAAAACACAACCAUCAACAGAAAUAUUUUCAUUAAUGUCACUCACUAACUGUAAGUCGCUCUGGAUAAGAGCGUCUGCUAAAUGACUAAAAUGUAAAUUUAUUUAUUUGCUCUUAUUGCCAUGAAAUUGAUGAUAUUAUGGAAAUCAUGUGGUCUGCCUUUGAUGUUAUAGAAAAUGUUGUCCAAAGGGAUGUAGCUAGAUAUUUAAUUUAUCCAUUGUGUUAAAGUAGGGGGACUAUCUGAUGAAAGAAGGGAUUUCUCCAUAUGCGAGCAAAAUAAAUGAGGAGAAGAGGCUCUGCAUCAUUUUGAAAAAAUAUAGAGGGUGUAAAAUUGGAAGAUUCUGAAACAAUUUUUAAAAUGUUGAUAAUAUUGACAUUUUGAUGACAUUAACUCUGCCCAUAAGAGAAAUAGGAAGUAACCUUUUCAAUAACUGGAAUGUUGUUCAAGUUUUACAAAUCAUAUACAUUACUGGGUGAUUCCUAAGUACUUCAAUUCUUCAAGGACUAUUUCCAUUUGAAUUGGUCUUGUAAAGGUUUGGGGUUAAAGGUAGAUAUCAAGUCAAAUGUGCCGAAUACAACAGGUGUAGACCUUAUCGUGAAAUGCUUACUUACAAGCCCUUAACCAACAAUGCAGUUUAAAGAAAAUGAAGAGUUAAGAAAAAUAUUUACUAAAUAAACUAAAGUAAAAAAUGAAAGAGCAACAAUAAAAUAACAAUAAUGAGGCUAUAUACAGGGGGUACCGGUACCGAGUCAAUGGGCUGGGGUACAGGUUAGUCCAGGUAAUAACGAGGCGAUAUACAGGGGGUACUGGUACCGAGUCAAUGUGCUGGGUACAGGUUAGUCGAGGUAAUUGAGGUAAUUUGUACAUGUAGGUAGGGGUAAAGUGACUAUGCAUAGAUAAUAAACAGCGAGUAGCUGCAGCAUUAAAAAGGGGGUGGGGGGGGGGGCUGUUAAGAAGCAUUUUGGACCAAGACUUGGCGCUCUGGUACCGCUUGCUGUGCGGUAGCAGAGAGAACAGUCUAUGACUAGGGUGGCUGGAGUCUUUGACAAUUUUUAGGGCCUUCCUCUGACACCGCCUGGUAUAGAGGUCCUGGAUGGCAGGAAGCUUGGCCCCAGUGAUGUACUAGGCCGUACGCACUACCCUCUGUAGCGCCUUGUGGUCGGAGGCAGAGCAGUUGCCAUACCAGGCGGUGAUGCAACCAGUCAGGAUGCUCUCGAUGGUGCAGCUGUAUAACUUUUUGAGGAUCUGAGGACCCAUGCCAAAUCUUUUCAGUCUCCUGAGGGGGAAUAGGCUUUGUCGUGCCCUCUUCACGGCUGUCUUGGUGUGUUUGGACCAUGAUAGUUUGUUGGUGAUGUGGACACCAAGGAACUUGAAGCUCUCAACCUGUUCCACUACAGCCCCGUCGAUGAGAAUGGGGGCGUGCUCAGUCCUCUUUUUCCUGUAGUCCACAAUCAUCUCCUUUGUCUUGAUCACGUUGAGGGAGAGGUUGUUGUCCUGGCUCCACACUGCCAGGUCUCUGACCUCCUCCCUAUAGGCUGUCUCAUCGUUGUCGGUGAUCAGGCCUACCACUGUUGUGUCGUCGGCAAACUUAAUGAUGGUGUUGGAGUCGUGCUUGGCCACGCAGUCAUGGGUGAACAGGGAGUACAGGAGGGGACUAAGCACGCACCCCUGAGGGACCCCCGUGUUGAGGAUCAGCGUGGCAGAUGUGUUGUUGCCUACCCUUACCACCUGGGGGCGGCCCGUCAGGAAGUCCAGGAUCCAGUUGCAGAGGGAGGUGUUUAGUCCCAGGGUCCUUAGCUUAGUGAUGGACUUUGAGGGCACUAUGGUGUUGAACGCUGAGCUGUAGUCAAUGAACAGCAUUCUCAUGUAGGUGUUCCUUUUGUCCAGGUGGGAAAGGGCAAUGUUGAGUGCAAUAGAGAUUGAGUCAUCUGUGGAUCUGUUGGGGCGGUAUGCAAAUUGGAGUGGGUCUAGGGUUUCCGGGAUGAUGUUUUUGAUGUGAGCAAUGACCAGCCUUUCAAAGCACUUCAUGGCUACAGAUGUGAGUGCUACGGGUCGGUAGUCAUUUAGGCAGGAUAUCUUAGUGUUCUUGGGAACAGGGACUAUGGUGGUCUGCUUGAAACAUGUAGGUAUUACAUACUUGGCCAGGGACAGGUUGAAAAUGUCAGGAAAGACACUUGCCAGGUGGUCAGUGCAAGCUCGGGGUACACGUCCUGUUAAUCUGUCUAGCCCUGCGGCCUUGUGAAUGUUAAAGGUCUUGCUCACAUCAGCUACGGAGAGCGUGAUCACACAGUCAUCCGGAACAGCUGGUGCUCUCAUGCAUGCUUCAGUGUUGCUUGCCUCGAAGCACGCAUAGAAGUAAUUUAGCUCGUCUGGUAGGCUUGUGUCACUGGGCAGCUCGCGGCUGAGCUUCCCUUUGUAGUCCGUAAUAGUUUGCAAGCCCUGCCACAUCCGACGAGCAUCGUUGGUGAAGUAGGAUUCAAUCGUAGUCCUGUAUUGACGCUUUGCCUGUUUGAUGGUUCGACGGAGGGCAUAGUGGGAUUUCUUAUAAGCGUCCGGGUUAGAGUCCUGCUCCUUGAAAGCGGCAGCUCUACCCUUUAGCUCAGUGCAGAAGUUUCCUGUAAUCCAUGACUUCUGGUUGGGGUUUGUAUGUAUGGUCACUGUGGGGACAAUGUCAUCGAUGCACUUAUUGAUGAAGCCAGUGACUGAUGUGGUGUACUCCUCAAUGCCAUCGGAUGAGUCCCGGAACAUGUUCCAGUGUGUGCUAGCAAAACAGUCCUGUAUUUGACCACUUCCGUAUUAAGCGAGUCACUGGUACUUCCUGCUUUAGUUUUUGCUUGUAAGCAGCAAUCAGGAGGAUAUAGUUAUGGUCAGAUUUGCCAAAUGGAGGGUGAGGGAGAGCUUUGUAUGCGUCUCUGUGUGUGGAGUAAAGGUGGUCUAGAGUUUUUUUCGUCUUGUUGCACAUUUAACAUGCUGGUAGAAAUUAGGUAAAACAGAUUUAAGUUUCCCUGCAUUAAAGUCCCCGGCCACUAGGAGUGCCGCCUCUGGAUGAGUGUUUUCCUGUUUGCCUAAGGCUUUAUACAGCUCGUUGAGUGCGGUCUUAGUGCCAGCAUCGGUUUGUGGUGGUAAACAAACAGCUACGAAAAAUAUAGAUGAAAACUCUCUUGGUAAAUAGUGUGGUCUACAGCUUAUCAUGAGAUACUCUACCUCAGGCGAGCAAAACCUCGAGACUUCCUUAGUAUUUGAUUUCGCACACCAGCUGUUAGACACAGACCACCGCCCCUUGUCUUACCGGAGUCAGCUGUUCUGUAGAGUAGGUAGAAUCUCGGGAACAAUUGACUUUAUAACCAGACAGUUUAACAAACUCUUCAAGCAAUGACAGGAGGAAUGGAUUUGAGUAUGAGGGGUCUAGGAGAUAGAGCAAGACUUCAUCCGCAUACAAUGAUAUAACAUGGUACUCUUUUCCAAUUGUAAUUCCUUUCAUUUGGUCAUGUGAUCUAAUCAUGGUGGCAAGGGGUUCUAUGACCAAAGCAAAAAGUGCUGCACAACAGGAAGGGGGGCUGAGUACAGGAUGUUCGUUUUAACAACUGCCAUAGAUGAAUUCCUAAGAAUUUGAAUCCAAGAGAUAAAUAUUCGACCAAAAUUAAACCUUGAUAAUACAGACAUUCCACUCUGUUGAAUGUUAUUUUUUUCAGCAUCAAGGGAGACUACAACAUUUGGGGUCUUAUGAUCAUUAAAAGUGAAAAAGAAUGUCAAAAUAUCUAUGUAAAUUAUCAGAGGAGAGAUGACACUGCACAAAACCAGUUUGGUCUGUGGAUGAGAUUGGGCAGCACAGAUUCUAGGCGCAGAGUUAAUAUUUUUCAGCAAUCAAUUUAUAAUCAAUAUUUAAAAGCGACACCGGUCUAUGGGAGGAGCACAACGUGUGAUCUUUAUCUUAUUUUUUUCAGUAAAGUAAUAGCUGCAUGAGGUAAAGUAUGAGGAAGCAGUUCUUUCUCCAGACAGGCCUUGAUCAUAGGGAGAAAGAAGGUCUCAGAGAAUUGCCUGUAGAAUUGUAUAGGAGAACCAUCUAAUUCCGCUGCCUUUCCAUUUUGGAGGGAACCCAUAGUAAUGUCUUGAUCUAAAUGUAGCUUUGGUUCUUAUGGCAAAAGUUGGUAGAUUUAUAUCUUUCUGGAAGCCAUUAAGAGAGUCUCUGAGUUAAAUCGCAAACUAGAUGUGUACAAGUCUUCAUAGAAUAGUCUAAACGUUUCAGUAAUUUGAAGUGGGUCUACUGUAACACUGCCAUCCGUGGUUUUGUUUUUUUGUGUGUGUUUUUUUUGCGGUUUCUUUCUUUAUUUGCCAUGCCAGUCAUUUUCCAGCCAUUUCACCUUGUUCUACAUGUCUUUGUUUUGUUUUUUAAAAAAAGCUCUAUGGAGUGAGUUUUCAAGGUCUUGUAUCUAAUUUUUGUAUUCUCUAGUUGGCGAAGUGUGAGAGGGUCUUUGAUAGCCGAAUGCAGAUUCUCCAAGUAUUUAAUGUCCUUUUCAAUAUAUUUUAAUUCAUCUUUAGUUUUCUUUUUUAUUGAAGAAGCAAAUGCUAUGAUGUUCUCUCUAAUGUAGCCUUUAGUGGGUGCGGGGUUAGUGGGUGGGGGGGUUAGUGUGGGGGGGUUAGUGGGUGGGGGGGGUUAGUGGGUGGGGGAGGUUAGUGGGUGUGGGGGGUUAGUGGGUGGGGGAGGUUAGUGGGUGGGGGUGGUUAGUGGGUGGGGGAGGUUAGUGGGUGGGGGUGGUUAGUGGGUGGGGGAGGUUAGUGGGUGGGGGAGGUUAGUGGGUGGGUGUGGUUAGUGGUGUGUGGGGGUUAGUGGGUGGGGGGGGUUAGUGGGUGGGGGGUUAGUGGGUGGGGGGGGGUUAGUGGGUGGGGGAGGUUAGUGGGUGGGGGAGGUUAGUGGGUGGGGGAGGUUAGUGGGUGGGUGUGGUUAGUGGGUGUGGGGGGUUAGUGGGUGGGGGGGGUUAGUGGGUGGGGGAGGUUAGUGUACAUGAUGACUAAAACACAAAGACUAGUCUGGGAGCCAGCAGGUCUGUUUGUACUACCAUGACAAUGUUGGCAAGAGCACAAACAGAUCCGGGAAUAUGCUACAAAGGGACAGCCUCUUUAACAGAUCAAUACAGACAUCAACUGCUGAGUCAGACAAGAGAUGACAAACAACAACCACACAGAAACUAAAAUCAACAGCCCUGGUUACUAUGGUUACUGCAUGGGGGUGGUCAGCAGCCCUGGUUACUGCAUGGUGGUGGUUUUAUUCCAAAAACAUGACUCCCCUGUUCUUCUCUCGUUUCUCCCCUCCACUCCUCACAGCUAUCCAGUCUGAUCAGGAACCAUAUCAUGAUCAGGGGCCGUAUGGAUCAAGCCUCUACUCCUCACAGCUACCCAGUCUGAUCAGGAACCAUAUCAAGCCUCUAGUCCUCACAGCUAUCCAGUCUGAUCAGGAACCAUAUCAAGCCUCUACUCCUCACAGCUAUCCAGUCUGAUCAGGAACCAUAUCAAGCCUCUACUCCUCACAGCUACCCAGUCUGAUCAGGGACCAUAUGUAUCCAGCCUCUACUCCUUACAGCCAGCCAGUCUGAUCAGGAGCCAUAUCAAGCCUCCACUCCUCACAGCUACCCAGACUGAUCAGGAACCAUAUCAAGCCUCUACUCCUCACAGCUACCCAGUCUGAUCAGGGACCAUAUGUAUCCAGCCUCUACUCCUUACAGCUACCCAGCCUGAUCAGGGACCAUAUGUAUCCAGCCUCUACUCCUUACAGCUACCCAGCCUGAUCAGGGACCAUAUGUAUCCAGCCUCUACUCCUCACAGCUACCCAGCCUGAUCAGGAACCAUAUGUAUCCAGCCUUUACUCCUCACAGCCAGCCAGUCUGAUCAGGAGCCAUAUCAAGCCUCCACUCCUCACAGCUAUCCAGACUGAUCAGGGGCCAUAUCAAGCCUCUACUCCUCACAGCUAUCCAGUCUGAUCAGGAACCAUAUCCAGCCUCUACUCCUCACAGCUACCCAGUCUGAUCAGGGACCAUAUGUAUCCAGCCUCUACUCCUCACAGCUACCCAGCCUGAUCAGGAACCAUAUGUAUCCAGCCUCUACUCCUCACAGCCAGCCAGUCUGAUCAGGAGCCAUAUCAAGCCUCCACUCCUCACAGCUCUCCAGACUGAUCAGGAGCCAUAUCAAGCCUCCACUCCUCACAGCUACCCAGACUGAUCAGGAGCCAUAUCAAGCCUCCACUCCUCACAGCUACCCAGACUGAUCAGGAACCAUAUCAAGCCUCCACUCCUCACAGCCAGCCAGUCUGAUCAGGAACCAUAUCAAGCCUCCACUCCUCACAGCUACCCAGACUGAUCAGGAACCAUAUCAAGCCUCCACUCCUCACAGCCAGCCAGACUGAUCAGGAACCAUAUCAAGCCUCCAGUCCUCACAGCUAUCGAGUCUGAUCAGGAACCAUAUCAAGCCUCUACUCCUCACAGCUACCCAGUCCGAUCAGGAACCAUAUCAAGCCUCUAGUCCUCACAGCUACCCAGUCCGAUCAGGAACCAUAUCAAGCCUCUAGUCCUCACAGCUAUCCAGUCUGAUCAGGAACCAUAUCAAGCCUCCACUCCUCACAGCUACCCAGUCCGAUCAGGAACCAUAUCAAGCCUCUACUCCUUACAGCUAUCCAGUCUGAUCAGGGACCAUAUGUAUCCAGCCUCUACUCCUCACAGCUACCCAGUCUGAUCAGGGACCAUAUGUAUCCAGCCUCUACUCCUCACAGCUACCCAGUCUGAUCAGGAACCAUAUCAAGCCUCUACUCCUUACAGCUACCCAGUCUGAUCAGGAACCAUAUCCAGCCUCUACUCCUCACAGCUAUCCAGUCUGAUCAGGGACCAUAUGUAUCCAGCCUCUACUCCUCACAGCUAUCCAGUCUGAUCAGGGACCAUAUGUAUCCAGCCUCUACUCCUUACAGCUACCCAGUCUGAUCAGGGACCAUAUGUAUCCAGCCUCUACUCCUUACAGCUACCCAGUCUGAUCAGGGACCAUAUCAAGCCUCUACUCCUCACAGCUACCCAGCCUGAUCAGGGACCAUAUCAAGCCUCUACUCCUUACAGCUACCCAGUCUGAUCAGGGACCAUAUCAAGCCUCUACUCCUUACAGCUACCCAGUCUGAUCAGGGACCAUAUCAAGCCUCUACUCCUUACAGCUACCCAGUCUGAUCAGGGACCAUAUCAAGCCUCCACUCCUCACAGCUAUCCAGUCUGAUCAGGAACCACUGGUUACUAUGGUUACUACAUGGGGCUGAUCUAGGAUCAGUUUUGCCGUUUUAAUCACAAUUAAUAAGAUUCCAUGGACAGGGAGGUGGGGGUUGGUCCUAUGAUCCCUGAUCAGCCCUACAGAUGGACAGGGAGGUGGGGGUUGGUCCUAUGAUCCCUGAUCAGCCCUACAGAUGGACAGGGAGGUGGGGGUUGGUCCUAUGAUCCCUGAUCAGCCCUACAGAUGGACAGGGAGGUGGGGGUUGGUCCUAUGAUCCCUGAUCAGCCCUACAGAUGGACAGGGAGGUGGGGGUUGGUCCUAUGAUCCCUGAUCAGCCCUACAGAUGGACAGGGAGGUGGGGGGUUGGUCCUAUGAUCCCUGAUCAGCCCUACAGAUGGACAGGGAGGUGGGGGUUGGUCCUAUGAUCCCUGAUCAGCCCUACAGAUGGACAGGGAGGUGGGGGUUGGUCCUAUGAUCCCUGAUCAGCCCUACAGAUGGACAGGGAGGUGGGGGUUGGUCCUAUGAUCCCUGAUCAGCCCUACAGAUGGACAGGGAGGUGGGGGUUGGUCCUAUGAUCCCUGAUCAGCCCUACAGAUGGACAGGGAGGUGGGGGUUGGUCCUAUGAUCCCUGAUCACCCCUACAGAUGGACAGGGAGGUGGGGGUUGGUCCUAUGAUCCCUGAUCAGCCCUACAGAUGGACAGGGAGGUGGGGGUUGGUCCUAUGAUCCCUGAUCAGCCCUACAGAUGACAGGGAGGUGGGGUUUGGUCCUAUGAUCCCUGAUCCCCCUACAGAUGGACAGGGAGGUGGGGGUUGGUCCUAUGAUCCCUGAUCAGCCCUACAGAUGGACAGGGAGGUGGGGGUUGGUCCUAUAUCCCUGAUCACCCUACAGAUGGACAGGGAGGUGGGGGUUGUGCCUAUGAUCCCUGAUCAGCCCUACAGAUGGACAGGGAGGUGGGGUUGGUCCUAUGAUCCCUGAUCAGCCCUACAAUGGACAGGGAGGUGGGGGUUGGUCCUAUGAUCCUGAUCAGCCCUACAGAUGGACAGGAGGUGGGGGUUGGUCCUAUGAUCCCUGAUCAGCCCUACAGAUGGACAGGAGGGUGGGGGUUGGUCCUAUGAUCCCUGAUCAGCCCUACAGAUGGACAGGGAGGUGGGGGGGUUGGUCCUAUGAUCCCUGAUCAGCCCUACAGAUGGACAGGGAGGUGGGGGUUGGUCCUAUGAUCCCUGAUCAGCCCUACAGAUGGACAGGGAGGUGGGGGUUGGUCCUAUGAUCCCUGAUCAGCCCUACAGAUGGACAGGGAGGUGGGGGGUUGGUCCUAUGAUCCCUGAUCAGCCCUACAGAUGGACAGGGAGGUGGGGGGUUGGUCCUAUGAUCCCUGAUCAGCCCUACAGAUGAACAGGGAGGUGGGGGUUGGUCCUAUGAUCCCUGAUCAGCCCUACAGAUGGACAGGGAGGUGGGGGUUGGUCCUAUGAUCCCUGAUCAGCCCUACAGAUGGACAGGGAGGUGGGGGUUGGUCCUAUGAUCCCUGAUCAGCCCUACAGAUGGACAGGGAGGUGGGGGUUGGUCCUAUGAUCCCUGAUCAGCCCUACAGAUGGACAGGGAGUGGGGGUUGGUCCUAUGAUCCCUGAUCAGCCCUACAGAUGGACAGGGAGGUCGGGGUUGGUCCUAUGAUCCCUGAUCAGCCCUACAGAUGGACAGGGAGGUGGGGGUUGGUCCUAUGAUCCUAGAUCAGCCCUACAGAUGGACAGGGAUGUGGGGGUUGGUCCUAUGAUCCCUGAUCAGCCCUACAGAUGGACAGGGAGGUGGGGAUUGGUCCUAUGAUCCCUGAUCAGCCCUACAGAUGGACAGGGAGGUGGGGGUUGGUCCUAUGAUCCUAGAUCAGCCCUACUACUCUGAGAUGCUUGAUAAAUACGGUCCCAGACACAACCUUUCUGGAAUGAGAAGUAUCCCAACCUGUGUGUUUAAUCAAUCAGUUACGAAACCCCCCCGAUGGUUGCUACAUUCUGAGUGACUGCUCUCUAGACAAUCAGUGACUAACUCUGAGGAUGAGUCCCAAAUGGCACCCUAUUCCCUAUAUAGUGCACUACUUUAGACCAGGGCCCUACUGGGUCUGGUCAAAAGUAGUGCACUAUAUAGGGUGCCAUUUGGGACUAAUAGGGUUUGUCAUCAGGUAUGGUCAUAUAUAUAUAUAUAGACGCUCCGAGGCCGGGGGAACAGUAUUCUAGACGGACCACCACACAGAGAGACAUGAAGCUGCUACAUAUCCUCUGCUUCUGCCUGGCUGUUCUCGCCUCCACUUGGGUACGAUAACAUAUUUAUUCAUUAUUUAUCAUUGUAAUUUAAUAGGUGUAAUAAUACUUUAUUUAAUAAUAACAAUAAUAAUAGAUUGGAUUUCUUUAGCACUUUUUCCAGAUGACAUAUUUAUUCAUUUACAUUACAUUUUCUGAUUUAUUUGUCAGAUGCCUUUUUGGAAAUAUGUUUUUUUUUAAAUAUACAGCGCCUUCAGAAAGUAUUCAUACCCCUUGACUUAUUCCACAUUGUGUUGCGUUACAGCCUGAAUUCAAAAUGGAUUCAAUAGAUUUGUUUCUCUCACCCAUCUACACAGUACCCCGUAAUGACAAUAGUGAAAACACGUUUUUAGAAAUCUUUGCACAUUUAUUGAAAAUGAAAUACAGAAAUAUCUCAUUUACAUAAGUAUUCACACCCCUGAGCCAAUACUUUGUAGAAGCACCUUUGGCAGCUUUCUGGGUAAGUUUAUGUGAUCCUCUAUAGCUCAAUUGGUACAGCACGGCGCUUGUAACGCCAGGGUAGUGGGUUCGAUCCCCGGGACCACCCAUACGUAAAAAAUUUAUGCACACAUGACUGUAAGUCGCUUUGGAUAAAAGCGUCUGCUAAAUGGCAUAUUAUUAUUAUUAUUAUUAUUAUUAUUAUUAUUAUUAUUAUUAUUCUUUCUAAGAGCUUUCCACACCUGGAUUGUGCAAUAUUUGCCCAUUAUUCUUUAGUAUUAGGAUUUUGCCUGUGCUUAGCUCCAUUCCAUUUAUUUUUUAUCCUGAUAAACAGUCCUUAAAGAUGACAAGCAUACCCAUAACAUGAUGCAGCCACCACUAUGCUUGAAAAUAUAGAGAGUGGUACUCAGUAAUGUGUUAUAUUGGAUUUGCCCCAAACAUAACACUUUGUAUUCAGGACAAAAUGUGAAUUGAUUUGCCACAUUUCUUGCAGUAUUACUUUAGUGCCUUGUUGCAAAAAGGAUGCAUGUUUGUAGAAUACUUGUAUUCUGUACAGGCUUCCUUCUUUUCACUCUGUCAUUUAGGUUAGUAUUGUGGAGUAACUACAAUGUUGUUGAUCCAUCCUCAGUUUUCUCCUAUCACAGCCAUUCAACUCUGUAACUGUUUUAAAGUCACCAUUGGCCUCAUGGUGAAAUCCCUGAGCGGUUUCCUUCGUCUCCAGCAACUGAGUUAGGAAGGACACCUGUAUCUUUGUAGUGACUGGGUGUGUUGAUACACCAAACCAAGUGUAAUUAAUAACUUCACCAUGGUCAAAGGGAUAUUCAAUGUCUGCUUUUUAAUUUUUACCCAACUACCAAUAGGUGCCCUUCUUUGUGAGACAUUGGAAAACCUCACUGCUCGACUGAGGGAUCUUACAAAUAAUUGUAUGUGUGGGGUACAGAAUGAGGUAGUCAUUCAAAAAUCAUGUUAAACACUAUUAUUGCACACAGAGUGAUUCCAUGCAACUUAUUAUGUGACUUGUUAAGAAAGAUUUUACGUAUUUAGGCUUGCCAUAACAAAGGGGUUUAAUACUUAUUGACUCAAGAAACUAAAGCUUUUCAUUUUUAAUACAUUUGUAAAAAUUUCAAAAACCAUAAUUCCACUUUGACAUUAUGGGGUAUUGUGUGUAGGCCAGUGACCAGUUGGACAAGGUAGGGGUGGUAUACAGAAGAUAGCCCUAUUUGGUAAAAGACCAAGUCCAUAUUAUGGCAAGAACACCUCAAAUAAGCAAAGAGAAAUGACAGUCCAUCAUUUUUAUUUUUUAUUUUUUACCCACUAUCUACAUUUUAUGGACACAGUCAAUUUUACAAUAAUUACAUUUUGUUUGUUCUUUCUCCUGAACUUCUUCUACUCUCAACCUCUCCGAUCAUUUUCAUGAUGUCCAUCCGGUUUGCUUCUAUAUGCCAUAUCUUUCUAACUGUGCUCCUUCACAAAAGCUCCCAACCUAUAACCCAUACACUUAUUAUGGACACAGCGUGCCUACAUUAUUAGUUAUCUUGUUGUUAUUAGUUGUUGUUAGUUGUUAUUAGUCCCAUCCUUCAGCUCCAUUCAACACCUCCCAUCUAUCUUUUAACACCAUCCAUAUAGGAUUUCUAUUUGCCAUAUAUAUUUCAACUGUACUGUGAUGUCUUACAAAAGUUCUGAACCUUUCUAUUCUCAUUGUUUCUACAGAUUGUGAAUUAAAAAUAAACAUUUUUGCUAAUAGUAUUAUUAUGUUAUUGAUCGAUUGACUAUGACUUUUCAGAUCACCCAGUAGUGCUAUCUGCAGGGUUAGCUCCAGGUAAAUAUUGCAAUCCUUUAGCCAUUCCUGGACCUGUGUCCAAAAACAAGCUACAAAUGGACAGUACCAAAACAAAUGAUCUCAUGAUUCUGUCUCUUCACAGCAAAAUCUGCUGGGAAGAUUGUAUCCCCCAUAUAAAUAACAUUCUAUUGGUACCAAGAAUUUUAUAUAAUAAUUUAAAUUGAAAGAUUCUAAGUUUUGAAUCCGGUGUCGUUUUGCGUAUCAGUUCAUAUCAGUAUACUUUUUUAUUUAUCACAGUUUUCUUUAACCAAUUAUGUUCUUUAAUGCAGGGCCGACAGACAAGUUCCUUACUUUCUCCCCCUUCCACUUUCCUCUUCCAUUUUUGCGGUAAUGCUGCAAUUAUUUGGUUGUAAUUUUGGGUAGAGCAGACAUUUCCAUAUGUUUUUGUUAGCUGCAUGUGCGACAUAACUCCACCAGUCCUACCGAUGAUAUCAUUUACGAAGAUUAUACCUUUUUUUAAAAUUUUGUCAAAAAAUAAAGUUUUUUUGUCAAUUAGUAUAUUUGAAUUUAACCACAAUAUUUGUUGCAUUAUUUGUUCUGUCGUUUCUGGAGGAUUAAAUUGAAAUUGCAACCAACUUUCUAUGGCUUGUUUUAGAAAUAGUGGUAUCUGGGAGAUGAUUUCCUUUUCAUAUAACUGACAGUGAGAGGUUGUAAUCUGAAUAAAGGGAAAAAGGGCCAUUCUUGAACAUGGGGUGAGACAAUCUUACUAAUUUGCUAGAGAACCAGUUCAAAUUUAAGUAUAACUUUUGUAUGACUGAAGCUUUUGGUGAUAGGUCUAAUGCUUUAAUAUUUAAUAAUUUCUGUCCUCCGAAUUCAUAUUCAUUAUAUAAAUAGGCCCGUUUAAUUUUGUCUGGCUUGCCGUUCCAAAUAAAAUUGAAUAUUUUUUUCUCAUAUCAUUUAAAAAACUGUUCGCUAGGCAUAGGCAAGACCAUAAGCAAAUAGGUAAACUGGGAUAAUACUAAAGAGUUAAUCAGGGUGAUUUUUCCACAAAUUGACAGGCACCCACCUUUCCAUGGUAGCAAGAUCUUAUCUAUUUUUGCUAACUUUCUAUUAUAAUUUAUUGAAGUGUGUCACGCCCUGACUUAUGGGACUCUAGUAUGUUGAGUCAUGGUGUGGAGUUCUAUGUUGUAUUUUCUAUGUUCUCAUUCUAGGUUGGGUGUUUCUAUGUUUGGCCGGGUGUGAUUCCCAAUCAGAGGCAGCUGUCGCUCGUUGUCUCUGAUUGGGGAUCAUACUUAAGUAGCCUGUUGGCACUCAUUAGUUGUGGGAUCUUGUUCCGUGUAGAGGCUUGUGUUUAGCCUGAGGACUUCACGUUACGUUGUUUUGUUGUUUUGUUAGUGUGUUUAUCUUUAUAAUAAACAUGUAUGCAUUUCAUGCUGCGCCUUGGUCUGACCCGUCCUUCAACGAGCGUGACAGAAGAUCCCACCAAACACGGACCAAGCAGCGUGCCCAGGAGCAGCAGACACCCUGGACACAGGUAGUGGAGCAGAGAUCAUGGACUUGGGGGGAGAUAAGAGAGGAUCUGGCCAAUUAGAUGGAAGGGAUGAGGGUGGAGAAGGAGAGAGUAGCCGAUAGCAGACCCUGGGCAAAGGAGGAAGCCCAGGCAGGAGAGAAGAAACGGCGACCCAAGAGGACGCGGUCACUACGAAAGCCCGAGAAGCAGCCCCAAGAAAAGAAAAAAUUGGGGGGCUCACGGGUGGUUGGCGGAGCCUGGGUUCAGAGACGCUAAGAAGCGUGUGACCGUGCAGGCUCCAUGUUAUGCGGAGCUACGCACUGUGUCGCCAGUGUGCCAGCACAGUCCAGUGCGUCCUGUGCUAGCGCCACGAACGUGCCGUGCGAAUAUGGGCAUCCAACCAGGACGGGUUGUGCCAGCUCUCCGCUCCAGACCUCCAGUCCGCCUCCAAAGUCCGGUAAGCACCGUACCUGCUCCCCGCACCAAGCCAGUGGUGCGUGUCACCAGUCCGGCCCGGCCCGUUCCUGCUCCUCGCACCAGACCAGUGGUGCGUGUGUCCAGUCCGGCACGGCCCGUGCCCGUUCCACCGAUGCCUGAUCCAGCUCUGGUCAGCUGCUCCACUCCGGAGCCAGAGCAGUCCGUUCCAGCGGGGUUCAGUCCAGCUCCGGUCAGCUGCUCCACUCCAGAGCUAGAGCAGUCCGCUCCACCGGUGCCCAGUAAAGCUCCGGUCAGCGGCUCCACUCCGGAGCCAGAGUAGUCCGCUCCACCGGUGUCUAGUCCAUCUCCGGUCAGCGGAUCCACUCCGGAACCAGAGCAGUCCGCUCCACCGGGGUUCAGUCCAGCUCCGGUCAGCAGCUCCACUCCGGAGCCAGAGCAGUCCGCUCCACCGGUGCACAGUCCAGCUCCGGUCAGUAGCUUCACUCCGGAGCCAGAGCAGUCCGCUCCACCGGUGCCCAGUCCAGCUCCGGUCAGCGGCUCCACUCCGGAACCAGAGUAGUCCGCUCCACCGGGGUUUAGUCCAGCUCCGGUCAGCAGCUUCACUCCGGAGCCAGAGCAGUCCGCUCCACCGGUGCCCAAUCCAGCUCCGGUCAGCGGCUCCAGUCCAGGCCCAGACGUCAGCCCUUCUCCAGGUUCGAGGUCUCCCACACCAGGGUCCAGACAGGGCUUGGUGUAUCGUGGGAGGAAGGAGAGGGGAAGCAGCGCGCCGAGGACCAGACCAGACCAGGGGCGCAACGGGGAGGCGGAGAGAAUGUGGUCGUCACGCAGGGGGCGGAUCCGCCUCCGAGGCGGAAUGCCCACCCGGACCCUACCCUGUUAUGUCAGGUUUGUGCGGUCGGAGUCCGCACCUUUGGGGGGGGGGUACUGUCACGCCCUGAUUUAAGGGACUCUAGUAUGUUGAGUCAGGGUGUGGAGAUCUAUUUUAGUAUUUCUAUGUUUGCAUUCUAUGUUGGGUGUUUCUAUGUUUGGCUGGGUGCAAGUAGCCUGUUGGCAAUCAGUUGUUGUGGGAUCUUGUUUCGUGUAGAGGCUUGUUUUGUGUUUAGCCUGAGGACUUCACGUUACGUUGUUUUGUUGUUUUUGUUCGUGUGUUUAUUCUUUAUAAUAAACAUGUAUGCAUUUCACGCUGCGCCUUGGUCUGACCCGUCCUUCAACGAACGUGACAAAGUGAGAUCAUUUAUUUCCUUUGGGAUAUGUAUUCCGAGUAUAUCCACAUCAUCAUCAGACCAUUUUAUUGGUAAACUACAUGGCAAUGUACAUUUUUUAUUUUUUAUUGAUCCAAUACGUAAUAUAGUACAUUUGUCAUAAUUUGGUUGUAAUCCAGAGAGGUUAGAACAUGUAUCUAGAUCCUCUAUGAGGCUGUGGAGUGAUUCUAGUUGUGGAUUUAAAAGAAAACAUGAAUCAUCAGCGUACAAUGACACCUUUGUUUUUAAGCCCUGGAUUUCUAAUCCCCUGAUUUUAUUGUUAGCUAUUAAAAUCAGAUCCAACAUCUCGAUGGCCACAAUAAAUAGAUAUGCCGAUAGUGGACAACCUUGUUUCACUCCUCUUGACAGUUUAAAACUUUCUGAGAAAUAGCCAUUAUUUACUAUUUUACACCUAGGGUUACUAUAUAUGAUUUUGACCCAUUUUAUAAUAGAUUCUCCAAAAUUGAAAUGCUCCAGGCAUUUAUAUAUAAACCCAAGUCGUACUUUAUCAAAUGCCUUUUCGAAGUCUGCUAUGAAUAGCAGGCCUGGUUUCUCUGAUUUUCCAUAAUGUUCUAUUGUUUCCAAUACUUGCCUUAUAUUAUCUCCAAUGUACAGUGGGGGAAAAAGUAUUUAGUCAGCCACCAAUUGUGCAAGUUCUCCCACUUAAAAAGAUGAGAGAGGCCUGUAAUUUUCAUCAUAGGUACACGUCAACUAUGACAGACAAAUUGAGAAAAAAAAUCCAGAAAAUCACAUUGUAGGAUUUUUUAUGAAUUUAUUUGCAAAUUAUGGUGGAAAAUAAGUAUUUGGUCACCUACAAACAAGCAAUAUUUCUGGCUCUCACAGACCUGUAACUUCUUCUUUAAGAGGCUCCUCUGUCCUCCACUCGUUACCUGUAUUAAUGGCACCUGUUUGAAAUUGUUAUCAGUAUAAAAGACACCUAUCCACAACCUCAAACAGUCACACUCCAAACUCCACUAUGGCCAAGACCAAAGAGCUGUCAAAGGACACCAGAAACAAAAUUGUAGACCUGCACCAGGCUGGGAAGACUGAAUCUGCAAUAAGUAAGCAGCUUGGUUUGAAGAAAUCAACUGUGGGAGCAAUUAUUAGGAAAUGGAAGACAUACAAGACCACUGAUAAUCUCCCUCGAUCUGGGGCUCCACGCAAGAUCUCACCCCACAAGAACGGUGAGCAAAAAUCCCAGAACCACACGGGGGGACCUAGUGAAUGACCUGCAGAGAGCUGGGACCAAAGUAACAAAGCCUACCAUAAGUAACACACUACGCCGCCAGGGACUCAAAUCCUGCAGUGCCAGACGUGUCCCCCUGCUUAAGCCAGUACAUGUCCAGGCCCGUCUGAAGUUUGCUAGAGUGCAUUUGGAUGAUCCAGAAGAGGAUUGGGAGAAUGUCAUAUGGUCAGAUGAAACCAAAAUAUAACUUUUUGGUAAAAACUCAACUCGUCGUGUUUGGAGGACAAAGAAUGCUGAGUUGCAUCCAAAGAACACCAUACCUACUGUGAAGCAUGGGGGUGGAAACAUCAUGCUUUGGGGCUGUUUUUCUGCAAAGGGACCAGGACGACUGAUCCGUGUAAAGGAAAGAAUGAAUAGGGCCAUGUAUCGUGAGAUUUUGAGUGAAAACCUCCUUCCAUCAGCAAGGGCAUUGAAGAUGAAACGUGGCUGGGUCUUUCAGCAUGACAAUGAUCCCAAACACACCGCCCGGGCAACGAAGGAGUGGCUUCGUAAGAAGCAUUUCAAGGUCCUGGAGUGGCCUAGCCAGUCUCCAGAUCUCAACCCCAUAGAAAAUCUUUGGAGGGAGUUGAAAGUCUGUGUUGCCCAGCGACAGCCCCAAAACAUCACUGCUCUAGAGGAGAUCUGCAUGGAGGAAUGGGCCAAAAUACCAGCAACAGUGUGUGAAAACCUUGUGAAGACUUACAGAAAACGUUUGACCUGUGUCAUUGCCAACAAAGGGUAUAUAACAAAGUAUUGAGAAACUUUUGUUAUUGACCAAAUACUUAUUUUCAACCAUAAUUUGCAAAUAAAUUCAUUAAAAAUCCUACAAUGUGAUUUUCUGGAAAAAAAAUAUAUCAUUUUGUCUGUCAUAGUUGACGUGUACCUAUGAUGAAAAUUACAGGCCUCUCUCAUCUUUUUAAGUGGGAGAACUUGCACAAUUGGUGGCUGACUUUUUUUCCCCACUGUAUUAUCCUAGCAAAUAAUUACUGCGGUACAUCCCCCCCCCCCCCCCCCCCCCCCCCCCCACUGUGUUCUUGGGGACCUUCAAUGCUGCAGAAAUGUUGUGGUACCCUUCCCCAGAUCUGUACCUCGACACAAUCCUGUCUCAGAGUUCUACAGACAAUUCCUUCAACCUCAUGGCUUGGUUUUUGCUCUGACAUGCACUGUCAACUGUGGGACCUUAUAUAGACAGGUGUGUGCCUUUCCAAAUCAUGUCCAAUCAAUUGGAUUGACCACAGGUGGACUCCAAUCAAAUUGUAGAAACAUCUCACGGAUGAUCAAUGGAAACAGGAUGCACCUGAGCUCAAUUUCGAGUCUCAUAGCGAAGGGUCUGAAUACUUAUGUAAAUAAUGUAUUUCUGUUUUUGAAUGUGUAAACAUUUGUAAAAACCUGUUUUUGUUUUGUCAUUAUGGGGUAUGUGUGUAAAUUGCUGAGGAAUAUAUUUAAUCCAUUUUAGAAUAAGGCUGUAACGUAACAAAAUGUGAAAAAAGUCAAGGAGUCUGAAUACUGUACAUCGUACAGUACUAUAUAUAAUAUGUGUUUAAAUUAAAGCUUUGUCUUAUCCUCUGGGUUCAUCUAGUUGAUAUGUAGUUGAUAAUAUUUUAUAUAAUGUAUUCCAUGUGAAAUGUUGAGUAUAAGUGGUUUCUGGGGCAUGUAGAUAUGGACUAGGAGGCUUUAAGCACAAGUUGAACUAUACAGUGACAAAGAUUAUGAGUUCAGUAUUUUUUAUCUUAAAUAUGUUAACAUACAUUUGUUGUUGUUUUAUUCUUAUUGCUUUAAAUCUCUCUCUCUCUCUCUCUCUCUCUGUCUCUCUCUCUCUCUCUCUCUCUCUCUCUCUCUCCUCACCCAUCUCUCUCUCACUCUCUCUCAGGCUGAGGACAUAGCGACCAUAUUGAACCCUCGUGGAGCCAGGCCAGUAGAACAUGGCUACAAGGCUGAUAAAUGUGCCACAGAGAAGAACUGGCCUUUCUGCUCAGAUGAUGACUGGGUAAAUCACUGUUUCUCUUCACUUAUAGGAUGACUUUCAAAUAGAAAGACACUUUUAGAUAUAUACAAACCUUCUGUCUAUGUCCUGUACUAUAACUCCUCCCCUCUUCUCCCCUCCCCUCAUCUCAUCUUCUCUCCUCUUCUUCCUCCUCCUACUCCCCAGGGUCCUAAGUGCCCGUCAGGCUGUCGUAUCCAGGGUCUGUUAGACAAGGCAGACCAUUCCCUGCUGAAGAAGAUAGUGAAGAUUAGGCAGCUCCUAGACCAGAGCAGAGCCAAACACCGCUCUGCCGACCAGGCUUCCAAACAGACCUAUGACUACCUCAAGGAGAAACUCACCUCCAAUGCAGGUGAGAUGGGAUCAUAGUGAUUGAUUGAUUGAUUGAUUGAUUGAUUGAUUGAUUGAUUGAUUGAUUGAUUGAUUGAUUGAUUGGAGGGGUGAACGGUCAGCUAUUCUUUUUUUUUGUAUGUCUUGUUUUGGUUCUCUCUCAAAGGCUGACAUUCUCUUUUUUUAACUUUUUCUCUCUCUCUCCCCUCUCUCUCAUCCUCUUCUCACUCUCCCUUUCUCUUCUCCUCCUCCCUUCUUUCUUCUCUCUCUCUCUCUCUCUCUCUCUCUCUCUCUCCUUUCUACACCUGCAAUCUAAGGUCUCCCUUUUUCUCUAUCUCUUCUUUCUAUCUCAUUCUAUCUAAUCAUCUCUUUCUUCUCUUUCUCUCUCUACCUAUCUAUUGAGGGCUCGUCUCUCUCUCUCCUCUUCUACUCGAUCUCUAGCUCGCUCUCUCUAUCUAUCUAUCUCUCUCUCUCUCUCUCCUCUCUCCGUCUAGCUCCUCUUCCCUCUGCUCUCUAGCUCUCUCUCCUCUCUAUCUCGCCCCUAUCUCAUCUCUCUCCAUCCUUCUCUAUCUCUCUCUCCUCUUCUACUCUCUCGUCCUCUAUCCUUCUCUUCCUCUCUCUCUUCUCUCUACUCUCCUCUCUCUCUCAUCUCUCUAUCAUCCCUAUCUCUCCCCUCUCUCUCCGUAUCCUCUCCUCUCUCUCCUCUCUCUCUCUUCUCUCUCUCACUCUCUCUCUCUCAUCUCUUUCUAUCAAUGUAUCUCCCUCUCUGCAUAGAUGCUAACCAUUCCUCCCCUCUGUCCCAGGUAAUGACAACAGCUUCUAUGACCUGGCAGAGCGUCUCCGUCAGAGGAUCGUUGACAUCAAGAUUAAGAUAGACCGCCAGCUGAGGAUCCUCAACGCUCUGAAGACCAGCAUCAAAGAACAGGUUAUAGACAUGCAGAGACUGGAGGUGAGAUUAAGAUUUCAGAUUGAUGAUGAUGAUGAUGGUGAUGAAGACCAGGGUCAGAGACCAGCUUCUAGAGUUAUAUGAAGACAUGGUGAUAGGAGGAAGAGUGCUGAAAAACACUUUUUUAUUGACCUCCUUUCUCCCCCCCACCUCCCCCCCCCCCCUUCUCAUCUCCCCCCCCCCCCCCCCCCCCCCCCCCCCCCUUCUCAUCUCCUCCCCCCCACCAUCUCCUUCCUCCAGGUGGACAUUGACAUCAAGCUGCGCUCCUGUAAGGGAUCUUGUAAGGGCUAUGCUGAGUUCUCCAUUGAGAAAGAAUCCUACAUGGCCCUGGACAAGCAGAUGGACCAGCUGGAAGCCCAGAGCGUUCAGUCUGUCGAGACCAUCGGCUCGCUGCACGUCAUGAAGAGCCGCCCGCUUAAAGACGUCGUGGUCGACAGGUGAGGAGGAGGAGAAGGAGGAAGAUGCUGCUUUCUUUUUCUUCUCCCCCCCAACUCUCCUCCCCCCUCCCUUCUCCCCCUUCCAUCUCCUCCCCCCUCCCUUCUCCCCCUCCGUCUCCUCCCCCCUCCCUUCUCCCCCCUCCAUCUCCUCCCCCCUCCCUUCUAAUCUCCUCUUCUCCUCCCCCCUCCCUUCUCCCCCUCCAUCUCCUCCCCCCUCCCUUCUCCCCCUCCAUCUCCUCCCCCCUCCCUUCUAAUCUCCUCUUCUCCUCCCCCCGUACCCUUCUCUCCACCCCCCCCUCUCAGCAAGUACAAGUCCGGCCUGGCUGAGGAGCAGAAGCAGGAUUUCUUCCCGGAGGUCCGGACCGUGAAGCUGACCUUGGAGAACCAGGGGCCCAGCGCGUCGUCUGCCGCCACUGCCAGCAAGGUCCCGGGUACGCACUUCAAGCCUUCGACUUCAGGGUCUUCAUCGUCAUCGGGUUUGUCGACAGGAUCGGGGUCGGGGACGAAGGACGGGCAGAGGAAAACGAUCACGGAGCUGGGUGGUGGUGGGGAGACGAGGGGGGAUGGAGUCGGGGACUUCUUUAAGGGGAUGGGUGGAUUCGGCGGUGGGGUGGGAAAUCUUGGAGGCGGAGAUUUCGCCACUACUGGUCACCAGACCACUCAGACGUCGAGCUGUACCAAGACAAUGACGAAGACGAUAGUAUAUACGAUGGACGGGCCAGUGGAGCGCAUCGAGGAAGUAUCGAGCGGACCCGGCUGUGAGGCGCUGAAGCUCGGUGGCGGAGGAGGAGGGACAGGCGGCUUCUUCCCAUCCCUCACCUCCACCUCUUCCUCAUCCUCCUCUUCCUCCUCGUUCACCAAAACCACGAGCCGUGACGGCACCAAGGGAGGCAGUAGCAUCCUGACCAGCACCAAGACCGGCGGCACUGGCGGCAGUUUCGGAGGUGAUCCAUUCGGAAUGGAUCUCGGAGCAUUCCUGCGUGGGAACGAGGAAGACGACGUCCCGGAUUUCCACGCCCGCAGUGUGAAGACUAGCGUCCGGAGUGAGCGGCAGGCGGAUUAUGUGGGAAAAGGUACAUCUGACCUGGAGUAACCGCCCAGCAGUUGACCUAGCUAGCCGCUGUUAGCCGCUGUUAGCAUCUUAGCCUAGUAGCAAUUAGCAUGUUAGCCUCCAUUAGCACCUUAGCCAAGCUGCCAUUAGCAAUUAGCACCUUACACUAGCAGCCGUUAGAGGUUAGCGUUUUAGCCAGCAGCUUUUAGCUUCUUAGCUAGCAGUCAGAAGUGAAACAUUGCUAUUUUUGUCAUAGCUCAAAGCAAAGACUAGAUUGUAAAAUUAACUUUCAGAAUCUGAUGAAACAGUAGCCUAAUUAACAAAGAUUUGUAAGGUAGUUCAGCCAUUGCUCAUAUGAUGUGUUUGUGGCCCAAUUUUUUUUUACAAAUUGUAUAAAACUUUCCAGAGAUACUGUAUAAGCUACGCUGUACUAUACAUAUUACUGUAUGCUCAUGAAAUAUUCAAUGGAUAACAAACAGAAGUGUAAUCAUGUAGUUCUAUUGGGGAGAACACAAGGGCUGUAGUAAGUUAUAUUCACUGAAAAGGACAAUACUAAAUUCACUACUGAAUUCCGGUCUCUCCAUUCUUCCUGGAUCCUCCUAAUCCGUGGCCUCUCCAUCUGCUUUCAGAUUGCUCUGACAUCCAACGGAACCAUCUCACAGGGGAAAAGAGCGGCCUGUACAAAAUUAACCUCUCUCCCCCAUCUCCGAACGGGGCAGUGGAGGUUUACUGCGACCAGGAAGGGCUCCUAGGAGGUUGGACCCUGGUCCAACAGAGAACGCAUGGGGAGGUUAGCUUCAACCGGUCCUGGGCAGACUACCAGAAGGGGUUCGGAAGGGUGGACGGCCAGGGUAAAGGGGAGGUAUGGCUGGGGUUAAAACACCUCCAUCUUCUGACCCGGGAGGAGAGCAUGUUGAGGGUGGAACUAGAAGACUGGGAGGGAGGGGUGGCGACCGCCGAGUACACAGUGAAAGUGGGGUCCGAGGCUGACGCGUAUCAGUUGACUGUGGCGGAGUAUACGGGUGACGCGGGGGACGCCUUAGUCAAGGGGGAGUCCAGUUUGGGGAGUCAAGGGUCGCCCGGUGUGGGGUUGGGGUCGUUCCUCUCCCACCAGGGGAUGAAGUUUAGUACCUUCGAUAAGGAUAAUGACCGAUGGGAGGAGAGCUGUGCGGAGAUGUACGGUGGUGGCUGGUGGUAUAAUAACUGUCAGAGUGCAAACUUAAACGGAGUGUACUACAAAGGGGGGAAGUAUGAUCCUGGUAGAAACGUUCCAUAUGAGAUAGAAAAUGGAGUAGUGUGGUUGACAUACAAACCAGCUGACUAUAGUCUGAAGACCACCCGAAUGAAGAUACGACCACUCGCUAUGGUCUGA